AUGGCCGAUUUGAAUAUAGCCACCAAAAAUUCUCCUGUUGACGUUCGUAGUUCAGAAACACACGGUUAUAAAUCAUGUAACACUGUACAACGGAAUUCAAUUCUUCUUAGCAGUACUGGAGGCAAUACUAGUACUAAUACCAGUGGAAAUUUUGCUGCCUUACGACAGCGUCGUCAGUCAUCAUCUACUAAUGCCUUUCCUCGAGGUAUAUAUGAACGUCGUUUUAUUCGAUAUGAAAAUACAUAUCGAAUGGAACCUGAUGACGACCAUAAACUUGAUUUAUUUCGAAUACGUUGUCUUGCAACAAGUGUUAUCGAAACAGCUAUAGCCGGUUAUACAUAUGAUCCAAAUCAAGCAAAACAUUUUGCAGUAGCAUUAGCUGACCUAAUACGCAGUCAAAUGAAACAAUUACCAUUUCCACGUUAUAAAAUUAUGACACAAGUAUGCAUUGGACAAAAGCGAGGUCAAAAUCUACGUAUUGUUAGUCGAUGUAUAUGGGAUCUUAAACAGGAUCGUCAUAUAACAAUUACAAAAGAAACUGCAGAUGCUUAUGUAAUGGUGACAAUAUUUUUUAUUUAUACCGAAUAA